GACUUCGCCGACAACUUCGCGACCGAUCUUGCACCACUCAUCACAGUUUUUGGCGAGCAGGUCACUAAACAAUACCUGAGCGAGACUGACAUCCUCGACGACGUCAUCUUCAGGCUAGAUCCGUCAGGUAUUCUCACGGCCGUGGUUUCGGCCAUCCGGCUGUACGGUGGGGCGUCUCUGAAGUGCUUUAUCGGCCGUGCCCAUGAAGCACACGGUGUCGCUGAGGCAGAGCUGUGUCCGUCGACCAGGCACGGCGUAUGCGAGCUGUUGUCUAAGGGAGGUAUCUGUCGCGUCUUCGGCAGGCCCAUGAUUCUGAAAUUAUCUACGCCAAGGGCGAAAGUUUCUACCCAACUGACUUCGAUCGCACCGCCGACAACGGGCCGUCCCACUGUGGCAUCUACCCGCCCAGGGACGCCCUGA